AUUUUGGUUUACCGUGGAAUCCCAGGAAUUCCGGGAGUAUUGGAGGAUUAUUCAAAACGGACAAUUAGGCGAAAAGAGGGAAUAUUUAUCCCACCUAAACACAUUCGACCUUACCUUCAAUAUACUGCUACGUUAUUACCAAAUGGCCUUAUUAUUUAUAUUGGUGGACAUGAAGGUUGGAGUUCGGGCGAUAUUAUCGAAUAUUAA